AUGACAGUGUCCGUGUCCAAGAAGACGGUGAUCAGGGCUGAUCUCAUCGGUAGCAGCUGCAAGGUCAAAAUCAUCCAUGCUGUCGCCAUGCUAGAAGGGAUCAAGUCGAUCGACGUCGACGAGGAGAAGUGCACGCUGACGGUGCUGGGCCCCGUCGACCCGGUGAAGAUCGUGCGCGAGCUCAAGAAGAGGUGCUUCGCGGCGGCGGUCGUCAGCGUCGAGGAGGACAAGCCCAAGGAGCCGGACCCUCCCGCGCCGGCGCCGGAGAAGGAGGAGGAGGAGGAGGAGUGCGUGAAGGUGUGCGUGGCGAGCUGCUGCCACAGCCCCUGCGUCCUGCCGGACUGCUACUUCUACAAGGCGUACAAGCCUCCGCCUUCGCCUUCCUUUGGCCUUGGCUACCACUUGCAGUCCGAAGGACAGUGUGCCAUUCAGUAGCUAGCGAUGGAUCGAUGGAUCCAAGAUCUGGUCAUCGUCUGAUCGUCCUCGUCGGAUUAUGACUGAUUCAUUCGCCGCUGUUUACUUUGGCUCUACUUGGAAUUUGAUAUGUGCUUUUGUAAUUCGUUCAUGUCUCCGUGACUCGGUCCUGUCCACUGUUUACCC